GCCGGCUUCGCGGUGCCGUCUUCCAUCAGCCAACGAGUGGGCAGAGUUCAAUUCUUUGAGAGUCAAGAGAGAGUCCGAAAGAGCACGAGGUGAAAAAGGAAAAUGAUGAACAAGAUCAAGAAGGAAUUUAAAGAUGGAAUGAAGCUGAUAUGGAAGAAGAUUGACCCGACAGAUCUGAAACCUGGCGACCACAUCUACGCUUAUAAGCGAUACGGCUCUUAUAGUCACCAUGGAAUAUGCGUGGAAGAUGGCUAUGUGAUUUACUUCACCAGGACAGAGAGCAAGGAGGCCAUCCUCCCAUAUUCUAGAGUUGAAGCCGAAACUGUGCCCGCCUGUCCAGAAUGUGAUUACCGGGAAAACACUGUCUGCGGGGUCAUCAGGACGUGCCUCGAUUGCUUCCGUCGAGGCCACAAGACGCUUCAUUCCAUUCAUUACUUCGUGUAUGGUGCCGCAAUUGGGCUUUCUCCUGAAAAAUUCUGGAACUUGCAGCACCCUUUCCUGUACCAAAUCCCCACAAGAAGUUGUUGAAGCUGCUUAUGAGCUUCUCAAGAGCAAUGACUUU